AAUUUUGUAGGUAGAAAAGUUAUAAGAAAGCGAACAUUAUACAAAAAUAAGUUCAUUCUAAACAAAAAUAUUUACAAUGAAGACGUUACUGAUUGUGCUCUUGAGUUUAACUCUUGUAUUUGCAAAGCCAAUAAAUGAUGGAAAUAUUCCCAACGAUGACGAACCCGAAGACGGAUGGUUUGUGCCUCAAAAAGACGGCACACUUCAAUGGAUGACAGAGGAAGAAGCUCAGUUGGAAAUGCGUGCCUUGACAAUGGCACGAUGGAAGUCCAAAGAAGCUAAAGUUAUGUUUUAUUUGUACACCCAAGAGUCUCCAGAUGAACCCGAGGAAAUCUUUAUUGACGACAUUGAGUCUUUGGAAAAUUCCAAUUUUAACAGUGCUCAUGAAACAAGAAUAAUCAUUCACGGCUAUCUUAAUACCUAUAAAUCCGAUGUUAACGUGGUGAUUCGUGAAGCCUUUUUAAGCACUGGUGAAUACAAUGUGAUUUGUGUGGACUGGAGUGACAAGGCCGAUCGUUAUAAUUACCUGUCUGCAACUAGAGCUGUUAAGGAAAUUGGUAAAAGAGUUGCCAAAUUUAUCGAGUUCCUGCGCGAUGAAGGACAAAUGGAAUCGAAGGAUUUGAAAGUCAUCGGUCACAGUUUGGGCGCUCAUGUGGCGGGACAUGCUGGAAAAUGGAUCGAAGGCGAACAAAUACACACCAUAAUCGGUUUAGACACUGCAUUCCCACUCUUCAAGUACAAAGAUUGUGACGAACGUUUGUGCAGCACCGAUGCCAUUUACGUUGAAUCUAUUCAUACCAAUGGAAGAUUAUUGGGUUUUAUCCAACCGAUUGGACAAACGGCAUUCUAUCCAAAUGGUGGUCGAACUCAGCCAGGUUGUGGAAUUGAUUUGUCAGGUUCAUGCUCGCAUUCCAGAGCUUAUACGUAUUAUGCUGAGGCUAUAAGGCAGCAGUUUUUGGGUGUCAAGUGUAGAGAUUGGAAAAAUGCAGUGGAAAAAGACUGCCACAUCGAGGGGGAAGAAUCAGUGGCUGGAUUUGACGGUGAAGACAACCACAUGGUAUUGGAAGGUUCGUUUUAUUCUCCCGUGAACAAGAAGGCACCAUAUGGGCCGGGAAAUUUUUGAAUAGUUUUUCGAUGGCUGAAGGUGUAUUUGUAAUAAACAACUUAAAAUAAAAAAGUGGUAAAUGUU